UUUUCUGGAGGGAAGGGAAUGGCGCUCCAGGAUGAGAGCAAGCGGACAAUGCGCGUCGCCGUCGUUGGCUGCGCUCACGGCGAGCUCGACAAGAUUUUCGCCACUGUGAGGCAUGUGGAGGCCAGCGAGGGUUUGAAAAUCGAUCUGCUGCUGUGUUGUGGUGAUUUCCAGGCCGUAAGGAAUGAGCUUGAUCUUCAGUCGCUCGCUUGCCCUCCAAAGUAUCGCUCUAUGAACAGCUUUUGGAAAUAUUACGCUGGAAUAGAGACUGCUCCGUGCACGACUGUUUUUAUUGGAGGAAAUCACGAAGCCUCGAACUACUUGUGGGAAUUAUACUACGGAGGAUGGGUGGCUCCGAACAUCUAUUAUCUGGGAGCUGCCGGAGUGAUCUGGUUUGGCGGGCUUAGAAUCGGUGGCUUGUCAGGAAUUUAUAAGCAGCAUGACUACCAUCGAGGGCAUUUUGAGCGGCCUCCUUAUAAUCUUAAUGAGCUACGUUCUGUUUUCCACGUCCGUGAAUACGAUGUGCACAAGCUUCUCCAAAUCAAAGAACCAAUCGACAUUUUCAUGUCGCACGACUGGCCUCAAGGUAUCGCACAAUGUGGAGACUUGCAGGGGCUUUUGCGUUACAAGCCCUUCCUUCAACAAGAGAUUGCAGAUAAUGUCUUGGGAAGUGUGCCUGCCAGAAAUGUGCUUCUGAAUCUGAAACCGUCGUAUUGGUUUUCGGCGCAUCUUCAUGCCAAGUUUGCUGCUAUUGUAAAGCAUGGUGACGAGAAGACUACGAAGUUCUUAGCGUUGGACAAAUGCCUACCGGGUCGCCCGUUUCUGCAGGUUUUUGAUUUUCCCACGGCCGACGGAACAUUGGAGGUCACCUAUGACAAAGAAUGGCUGGGAAUAACACGAGCUUAUCACUCGUGUUUUCCUUUGGAGAGGGUUGUGAGGACUCGGGCGUGUUCAGACAUCAAAAUCCAUCGGGACUGGGUCGAAAACCUCUCGCUCACAAAGAGUUUGAUUCCUUCUUCGUUUCAACAGACGGCUCCUAUAUAUGAUCCUCACAGAAAACUAACCGGUCCUACUGGCGUUCUUUCCACAGGGCAUGCCCAAAAUCCUCAAACGGAAUACUUUCUGGACCUCCUGCAGUUGCCGUAUUUGCUUGACGCGACACCCGGACGAGCUCAAGCGGGUCCCGUCGUGGAUUUCAACGAAAUCCGUCUCGAAGAUGAAGAAGAACACGAGAAAGGCUGUACGGUGGCUGAUCCCAAUGAGAUUGUGCUGGCUAACGAUGAUACAGACGUACACUAAUCGUCAACUCGCUUUCUAUGUC